ACAAGUAGACAGUGCCACUUCGUAUGCUGAACUGAACAGUCGUACAAACGGCGACUUUUUGACAGUGCAAGAAAUAAAGCAACAAAACCAUCAAUCAUCGGUCUCGUUCUCUUUCAAUCGAACAAACAGAGACAAUCAUACACACAAACACACAUACCGAUUCGAUCUUAUUGUGCUUGCACGCGUUUGCGUGUUGUGAAAACAUAAUGACUGUGUUGAAUUGAAGUAGAAACGAACGAAAAAAAGCAACAUACAUUUAAUUUCGAAAAGUGGAGAAUUAUAGUGAGUAUCAAAGCGAAAUAGAAAUAGUACGAGUUUUAAUCACAAGCGAAACAGUCCAUACAGUGCAAGAUUGAGUGAGUGAAAAAUAAAAAAAAGGAGAAAUUUUUCGAUCGAACCGUAUAAACGGGCAUUUUUUCAGUGCAUCUCUUUUUAUUAUUCGGCAUAGAACUAGUGUGUGCGCUUUUUUCCUUUCUUCUUUUUGUCAUCUAUCGUUCCGCAUUCUGCCCCGCGUGCAAGUGUGCAUUUGACAAUCAAACGUUUUCGUUUUUUUUUGCAUUGUAUCGAACGUGAACUGUUUUUUUCUUGUUGUCGUCGUCGUCGUCGUCGUUUGGCAACUCAAACAACGGCUACUGCGAUUGAACAGACAUUGAACAUCAACGACAGCAACAACAAAAAAAAGUAUCAAACACAUUUUUUUCCAUUCUAUAAAACGCAAAUAAAAUCAUGCCGAAGACCGUGAAAGCCGUAAGUUUAUGAAAUACAGUUGCAGUACACAACGGACACAAACUUUUAUUAUUCCUUUUUUUUUCGUCAUCAUUUUGCGAGAGUGACUCGUGUGUUUUUUUUAUUGAUUUCGGUACAAAUUGUGCGGUUUUACUUUUGUGUUUAUUUGAAUCUUUGCAUUCGUUUUUAUUUGACAUUAUUUGGGAAUGUGCCUUAAAUUGCACACCAAUACAUUUUCCUUAUGAUACACCACACAAACGAUGUAUGAAAUGGCAAAUAAAAAGGAAAUGUUCGAAGACGACGACUUGGAUAUAUCGUCUGGAUCCGAUUUUGAUGAGGAUGAAGAUCCCGAUAAAAUUGAAGUUCCUGGUGGUGGUCGAGAUUUGGCCACGGCUGUCAAUUAUGCCAAGCAAAGUUCCCUGGGUAGUUCAUUAACUACCACUCAAUCAAAUAGUUCGACAAAAGCAACAACAUUCGAUGUACAAUCGAAUCCAGUUGCAGCAAAUCAACCACAACCUGUGUUGAAGCAUUUGAUACCAGCCGAAUCGAUUUUAAAACCAUUUUUACCAAAAGUGAAUACAGCAUCGACACGAGUACAUCCACCGUCGACAACAACAAACAUUACAGCCGCAUCAAAUGCGGCAAUGGCAUACUCGAAUGCAGGCGGCUAUGGAAGUGCUGGUGCUAAAACACAAGCUCCCACACAAGCGUUUGGAAUAAGAAGUGCAAGCGCUGCAAAUUCAUCGAUGCCAAUGAUGAAUGCAGCUGGUUUAGGCGCUUUAGGUUCAGUUUCAUCGACACCAAGUCUUUAUUCGAUAAACAAUAUGGCCGCCUCACUUUUAGCACAGAUGGAAAUGGGUGCCAGUGGAUUUGGAGGUCUCGGUGCAAUGGGUGGCGCAAUGGUCAAUCCAAAUGUUGCUCAAACAUAUCAGGCAAUGUUGCAAAACAUUCAAAAAUUACUCGCAUACAAUCCAGACUUUUUAACAAAAGGCAUACCAAACAAUUUACUGCAAAUGUGCAUGGAACAAACGAAAUUGCCCACAGUCUAUGGCGCUCAACCGCAAUUGGUCCAACCCGAAGAAGACGAGGCGGAAGAAGAAGAAAUGGGUGUCGCCGAAACAUACGCUGACUAUUGGCCGGCAAAAUUAAAAUUGGGCAAAAAGCAUCCGGAUCCAGUUGUUGAAACUGCAUCACUCUCUUCGGUUGAACCGACCGAUGUAACAUACAAAUUGGCGAUUCCCAACGAACCAACCAUUGACAGUGGUUUACUCAGUGCAUUACAAUUGGAAUCAAUUACAUAUGCAUCACAAGCACACGAACAACUUUUACCAGAUGGAUCUCGGGCUGGAUUUUUGAUUGGUGACGGUGCUGGUGUUGGCAAAGGUCGUACCAUUGCCGGUAUAAUAUUCGAAAAUUAUUUGCGCGGACGCAAAAAGGCCAUCUGGAUUUCCGUAUCAAAUGAUUUAAAAUACGAUGCUGAACGGGAUUUGCGAGACAUUGGUGCUAGCAAUAUCGAAGUUCAUCCUUUGAAUAAGUUCAAAUACGCAAAAAUCAAUUCGACUGUGAAUAACAAUGUGAAAAAAGGUGUGAUUUUCAGUACAUACUCAGCGUUGAUAAGUGAGUCAACGGGAAAUAAUAACAAAUACAAGUCACGACUAAAGCAAUUGUUGCAAUGGUGCGGUUCGGAUUUUGAUGGUUGCAUCGUAUUCGAUGAAUGUCACAAAGCGAAAAAUUUGUGUCCGACGGGUUCGAGUAAACCGACAAAAACUGGCUUGACCGCUUUAGAGCUUCAGAAUCGUUUGCCAAAAGCACGAGUUGUUUAUGCAUCCGCGACCGGAGCGUCAGAACCAAGGAACAUGGCGUAUAUGGUGCGAUUAGGUCUGUGGGGUCAAGGAACACCGUUUGCCACAUUCAAUGAAUUUAUCACAGCGGUUGAAAAACGUGGUGUUGGUGCUAUGGAAAUCGUUGCUAUGGACAUGAAACUGCGUGGCAUGUACAUUGCGCGCCAGCUUAGUUUUCAUGGUGUCACAUUCAAAAUUGAAGAAGUACCGCUGUCGGCCAGUUUCAAGAAGGCCUACGAUGAAUCUGUGGAAUUGUGGGUGGAAGCGAUGCAAAAAUUCACCGAAGCGGCUGAAUUGAUCGAUGCAGAGAGUCGUAUGAAGAAAACAAUGUGGGGCCAAUUCUGGAGUGCGCAUCAACGUUUUUUCAAAUAUCUGUGCAUUGCAUCGAAAGUGAAUCAUGCGGUGAUGGUGGCACGUGAAUCGAUAAAAAUGGGAAAAUGUGUUGUGAUCGGUUUGCAGUCAACGGGCGAAGCAAGAACGCUUGAACAAUUGGAACGUGAAGAUGGUGAAUUAUCCGAUUUUGUGUCGACCGCUAAGGGUGUAUUUCAGUCGUUGGUGGAGAAGCAUUUUCCGGCACCAGAUCGUAAUCGUAUCAAUCGUUUAUUGGGUUUGGAUGGUUCAAAGAAAACGGCUCUCCAGACAAUUUUGGACGAAGCAAAAACCAAAACCGCUGCCACAUCAUCGACAGCAUCCGGUUCAAAGCGUAAACCAACCACUGAACCGCAAAUUGAUCGUAAACGAAAGAAACGCAGCAAUUCGGAAGAAGUGAGUGGCGGUGAAUUUUCGGAUGGUGUAAAUGAUAUGUCAGACGAUUCCGAUUUCAAGAAUAACAGCGAAUCCGAUAGUGAUGAGGACGAUGAAGAGCCCGACGACGAACAAUACGACAGUAAUCAAAGUGAUGAUUUCAAUCCAUUUGGUGGUGAUGACAGUGAUUCAGACACCGAUCCAUGGGUGGCACGCAGUAAAAAGUUAAAACCAGUGAAAAAAGCACAACCGAAGAAAAAACCACAAUCAACACAAGAUAAAAUUCAAGCAUUGAUUACGAAAAAACAAACGGUGAAUGCAACAACAACCGCAUCAUCGUCAAGCACAACAAAUACAAUACAAUCGACAGGUAUUGGAACAAAUGGUUUCAAAAUGAACUAUGGACCACCGCCAAAAGAUGCCAUCGAAAGAGCGUGUGAAUUGAAAGAAGAAUUAUUGAAGAAAAUCGAACGUUUGGGCGAACAUCUGCCACCGAAUACAUUGGAUCAAUUGAUCGAUGAAUUGGGCGGUCCGGAAAAUGUGGCCGAAAUGACCGGACGCAAAGGGAGAGUCAUACAGACUGAAGACGGACAAAUUCAAUAUGAAUCACGUUCCGAACAAGAUAUUCCAUUGGAAACACUGAAUUUAACCGAAAAACAACGAUUUAUGGACGGCGAAAAGGAUGUGGCCAUCAUUUCCGAGGCUGCCAGCAGCGGUAUUUCACUUCAAAGUGAUCGACGAGUACGCAAUCAACGGCGUCGGGUACAUAUCACACUUGAACUACCGUGGUCAGCCGAUCGUGCCAUCCAACAAUUUGGACGAACACAUCGAUCGAAUCAAGUGAAUGCACCUGAAUACAUGUUCCUCAUUUCGGAUUUGGCCGGAGAACGAAGAUUCGCAUCAACCGUUGCGAAGAGACUUGAAUCACUUGGCGCAUUGACACAUGGCGAUCGACGCGCAACCGAAACACGUGAUUUAUCACAAUUCAAUUUUGAUAAUAAGUAUGGACGCAGCGCAUUGGAAUCGAUCAUGAAAAGUAUCAUGGGAUAUGAACAACCGUUGGUACAACCGCCAAAAGAUUAUAAGGGUGACUUUUUCAAAGAUAUUGCCGGCGCAUUGGUCGGUGUCGGUUUUAUUGUUAAUAGCGAAGCAACGCCAGGCGUUUUAAGUUUAGAUAAGGACUAUAAUAACAUAUCGAAAUUUCUCAAUCGCAUUUUGGGAAUGCCGGUCGAUUUACAAAAUCGAUUAUUUAAAUACUUUACCGAUACGUUGAACGCAACCAUUUCAACGGCCAAGAAAACGGGACGAUUCGAUUUGGGCAUUGUGGAUUUGGGUAAAUCCGAAAACGUAACACGAAUAAAGUUAGUUCGAUUCCUGCGAAAGCAUGCCACAGGAGUGGCUCCAAUUGAAUUGCACACAGUACACGUUGAACGAGGAAUGAUUUGGCAAGAGGCGAUCGAUAUUUGGGCUGAUUUAUCGACUGAAAAAGAGGGUUUCUAUUUAUCACAUCAAAAUCGAAAUGGCAAGCACACCGCCAUUCUAGCCGUGAUGAUUGACAACGAUCGUUCAUCUGGCUCAUCAAGUUCGACAAAAAAGAAAAGUGAUAAAUCGCCAAGUAAAAAGGAUAUAAUGUUCCAAAUCUAUCGUCCAAACACCGGACUACAAUUUCGUCACGAGUCAUUGGCUGAAAUUGAGAAAAAAUACAAAAAAGUGCAAAGUGAUGAGGCCGAACCACAUUGGAAUCAGCAGUACGAUUCAUCCAUACAGACCUGUUCACAUGCAUAUUGGCGUGGUAAUUGCCGUAACGUCACGUCUGGAGUCGAGUGUGAAGUUGGGUUGCGUCGUCGAACGUAUAUGGUGCUGUCGGGAUCAGUAUUGGCUGUAUGGCAACGGGUUGAAAAUCAAUUGGCCACACGAUUGUCAAGCAAUAAUCGAAUGCAAGUGAUUCGUUUAAAAACGGCCGAUGGCAAUAAAAUCGUCGGUAUCAUGGUGCCAAAAUUGUGUGCCGAUGCUCUGGUCGCCGAUCUUAGACGUGAUGCCGAAAAAGUCGAAGAGAAAACCUUUACCCAUUAAACAAAACUAUACACAUUAAGAAUUGAAUUUAAAUUAAAAAAAAGACGAAUUUUUCGAACGAAUUCGGUUGUUUACGCUUAAAAAAAAAAAAAAAGAAAAUCAUGGAAACACAUUUGGAAAAUUUAAACAAUUUUAAAGAAAUUUCCAAAAUUGAUAAUACAGUGAACGUACAUUUAUACAAAAAGAAUAGCACAUUUGAAUAUAAUAUAAUAUAUGACAUUAAACAACGCAUUAAACAUUCAAACAAUAUCCAAUUAGACACAUUUUAAGCAAAACUUAAUAAAAUUGGAUCAAUUCAAACAAGUUUCUAUGUGUUCAUCACUUAAACAAACAUUAAGUAGAUUUGAUAAUUAAAAUUGAUUAAGUUAAAGAAAAAUUGCUGUGUUCAAUUUAAAUUGAAAACUAAAUGUAUGGAUCGACACAAUAGAAAUUCAAAAGAACGACCCGCUCCUAGUCAAAAUGUAGAUUUUGAUAAAUUACUCAAAAAAAAAAAAUGAAAUUUUCGAUAAUUUUUAAAUCAAUCGUUUCAAGUUUCUCUCAUGCCUUGAACGGCUUGAACUAAAUUUUUACCUUGAUUUCAAGGGCUCGCUUUUACUUUCCCACUUUCUUUGGUAAAAGUACUUUCUUAAAUGUCGAACCUUUUGAAAAGUCGAAUACAUUUUUGGAUUUGAAACUAUAAUUUUUGUGUAAAUAAAAUAAUUCCGUACGAUUUUUGUUGAUACAUAGACACAACACAUUCUAAAUAAUCACCGUAGACAACGAUUUUGGUUUGAGCAAAAAAAUAGGCCACAGACACAACAAUUCUCAGCCAGCAAAAAACCUACUUCAACUCAUUCUUAAUUUAUAGCUACAUUAGGCUUAGGUUGAGUAAAAGACAAUUUCUAGCACAAAAACAAUAACAUGGACUCUUAAAAAUCCAAUAAUAUUAUUAUUAUGAUUACAAAAAAUUCAAUGUUUACUUUUCAACAUUUGAUUUAACGAAUUCUGGUUAGAUAAAAAAAAGUAAAAAUAUUCCUUAACAUAAAACACUCAACUUUGUAGACUUAACGAACAUUAUUACUGUAGACGUUGUGCUUGUAUUAUGUCAAACACACACAUACACACAUAGAGACAGCGGUAUCCAUUUCGAAUAAAGUUUUAAUUUAUUGAACAAA